AAGGGGCUCCGUCUUCCCUUCCCCUCAGCCGCGGCGGGAGGGCGGCCAUGGCCAGUUACACCAAGGCGGCCCAGCAAUGGGCUACUUUUGCCAGAGCCUGGUAUCUCCUAGAUGCGAAGAUGCAGCCACCAGGAAAAAUAGCAGCUGCAACUGUAAUCAGACUUGAAGGCAGGCAUAAACCUAUUUAUCAUGCACUAAGUGACUGCGGAGAUCAUGUUGUCAUAAUUAAUACAAGACAUAUUGCCUUCUCUGGCAACAAAUGGGAACAGAAAGUAUAUUCUUCACAUACUGGCUAUCCUGGUGGUUUCAAACAAGUGACAGCAACUCAGCUCCAUUUAAAGGAUCCAACUGCUAUUGUUAAACUGACUGUUUACAGAAUGCUUCCAAAAAACCUUCAGAGAAGAACUAUGAUGCAGAGGCUGCAUCUGUUCCCAGAAGAUGUUAUUCCAGAAGAUAUACAGAAGAAUCUUCUACAAGAGAUUCCUCAGCCACGUGCAGUCCCCAAGAGGUUAGAUGAAUAUACACCAGAAGAAAUUGCUGCCUUUCCGAAGGUUUGGACUCCAGGGCCCGUUUGCUACAGGGAGGAAGAUCGCUGCAUUUUACAGUGUCUGGAGUUUCUUGGAUGCUGGAAGAGUAACGGUUCAGUUCCAGCAGAACUUACUGCUGGAAUACUGCAGAGCAGCAAGGACAGCAUGAAUUUCAGAGGUGAUACUGUCUGCUAGAUUGCAUCCAGACAGCAAACCGUGUUGGUGGGAAAGGUAUACCUCCAGGAGCUGCGUAAUGAAUGUAGUCAAGUAAUGAACAGAAUGAGGACUACUUUUUCUUAAUAUGUUUAGUCUGCUCUGCACUUAAAUCUCUAGUGUGCUGAAUGACAACAUCAAGGUUGACUCUCCUCACAUUCUAGCUGCUGAAUGGUAUUAAAUAUAUUCCUGAUACUAUUUCAUUCUCGAUAUGGAGAUGUUAAGUGAUUGUCAACAGGAGAGUUGAUAUCCAUGGCAUUCUGUCUGCCUAAGAAAGUAGACGAGCAGAACACUGCUCCAUCUAGGCACAGCUUUUGAAGAUGGCACACUUUGGACUCACAGUGCUCUUGACCAACUAAAACACCCAUUUGGGGCUGUGCAGAGUAUUUUCUUAAGUGGCUCUUCCUCUAUAGGAGUAGGUCUGCUAGCAACCCAACACAGUACAGAUUUUGUUAAAGAGCUUACAGUAAAGGCAGAUCAUGGGGAGAGACUCUUCCUUUCUUCCCCUUCUUAAGCCAAAAUCUGAUUUUGAUUCAAGUCACAGGAACACGCCUUCCUUACUUAAAGAAUGUAUUAAAGAAUGAAGCAGCAACAUUUUUAUUAUGAAAACCAAACGAGGAAGCUGAACUUAAGUGUUGAAUGAUGCAAAAUAAGUCUUAAAAAUUAUUUUGCUUCUGCAAAUUACUUCCCUGAAGUUCAUUAUUGCUUUUCUGCACAGAACACCCUCAAGCCAAAGCUGUUGUGUAAGUAAAUGAAGCACCUGUUGUUUUCUGUAUAGUAGAAGAUGCUGAUAUGGUAUCUAUCUGCCAAAUUUUACAAUGUUUGGUGAGGAAAAUUUGUGUUUUCUAUAUCUGUUAUACAAGUAUCAUAUAGGAAGAAAAACAUUGUUUUAUUUAUAAUCAUAUUUCAUUAUAUGAAAUAAUAGUUUGGUAUCGGACAUUUCUUUGGCAUUCAGAUGGGCUUAUCCCAGGAAAUGUUCCCAUCCAGUGAAUGUGCAGACUUCAUUUCCACGUCAGUAACCACAUUUAGUUAACUGGUAAAAGUAUUUUUAAAAGCAAUAGGUUAAAGUAAAUGUUCUUUUUUGUGGAAGGACAAGGUACAUACAUACACUUCACUGGUAAGAUCUGGGUGGCAUGAGCAGUUCAUCAUGUGCUGAAUACUUCACUGUCAGCAACUUAAGUUUCUUAGGCAGUCUG